AUGAGGCCGACCGACGCUGAAAUCAGACAAUACACGGCGAGGAAGAGGCCGGCAUCGGGGGCCGGACCUUCACGGCCGCCAAAGAAGCCCUCCACAGCGGCGCCGACCGUCGCAGCAUCAGCAACCGAUCAGUCGAAGCCGGUGAUUGCGCUCUCGGCUCUGACGGUGCAACCGGAGGAGCGGCCGGCGGAGGAAGCGACUGAAGGAAUGUCGGCGGCUUCGCCGACGGGAGUGGCAUCGGACGUCGUUCGGGAACCUGAACGUCAUCCGACGGCGUCUGCAGCUGCAACGGGGGGUGCUGCGUCAAGCCCGAGCAUCCCCUCCUUACCCGAUCUACGGGCCGGGGCGGCCGAUAGGGGGAAAGCCCCGAUGGCCCCUGCCGAUGACCAAAGGUCGGGAAGCAUCGCCGCGUCACCUGGCGCCCAGGUCCCCGAAGGAGCGUCGGCACUGGCAGACCACAACUUGCGCCCACGUUUGCAGCUAAUCUAUACCAUGUCCGAACUUGAGAUCGGGUACCGGAGGUUCGGGAACAUCCAGGCGGUCUGGAAGGACAGGGCGACGGCCGUCGAGGCCGACAAGGCGGUGCUGGUCGAACACCUGAAGCAGUCGACCGACCGGGAGGCAAGGCUGGUGGACGAG